AUGACUUCUGUCCCCACAGCCAACUGGAACGUGAGCCUUGCUGCCACGGGCGAUCCCUGGGGACAGGCGCUGGGAGCGCCAGCUGGAAACACUUCUCCCCCUGUAGCAUCCUCAGCAGCCAACUUCUCCAAUCAGUUUGUGCAGCCCUCUUGGCGCAUUGCCCUGUGGUCGCUGGCUUAUGGUGGUGUGGUGGCAGUGGCCGUUUUUGGAAAUCUCAUUGUCAUCUGGAUCAUCCUGGCUCACAAGCGCAUGAGGACGGUGACCAAUUACUUCCUGGUGAACCUGGCCUUCUCCGAUGCCUCCAUGGCUGCUUUCAAUACUCUCAUCAACUUCAUCUACGCGCUGCACAGUGAGUGGUACUUUGGAGAGGCUUACUGCCGCUUCCACAACUUCUUCCCAAUCACAGCUGUCUUCGCCAGCAUCUACUCCAUGACAGCGAUAGCCGUGGACAGAUACAUGGCCAUUAUUGAUCCCUUGAAACCUAGGCUCUCUGCAACUGCUACCAAGGUGGUCAUUGGGAGCAUAUGGAUUUUGGCUUUCCUGUUGGCCUUUCCCCAGUGCCUAUACUCCAUAACCAAGGUGAUGCCUGGAAGAACUCUUUGCUAUGUAGCGUGGCCAGGUGGUCCAAAACAGCAUUUUACGUAUCAUGUCAUUGUGAUUGUGCUGGUCUACUGCUUUCCGCUGCUUGUCAUGGGCAUCACUUAUUCCAUAGUGGGAAUUAGUCUCUGGGGAGGAGAAAUACCAGGCGACACGUCCGACAAAUAUCACGAGCAGCUCAAAGCUAAGAGAAAGGUGGUAAAAAUGAUGAUUGUGGUUGUGCUGACAUUUGCCAUCUGCUGGCUGCCCUACCACAUUUACUUCAUGGUUACUGGGAUCUAUCAACAAUUGAAUCGGUGGAAAUACAUUCAGCAAAUCUAUUUGGCCAGCUUUUGGCUUGCCAUGAGCUCCACAAUGUACAAUCCCAUUAUCUACUGCUGUCUUAAUAAGAGGUUCCGAGCUGGCUUCAAGCGAGCUUUCCGCUGGUGUCCCUUCAUUGAGGUGUCCAGCUAUGACGAGCUAGAGCUCAAGGCAGCCAGGUUUCAUCCCACCCGGCAAAGUAGCCUAUAUGCUGUGUCCAGAAUGGAGUCCAGCAUGACAGUGGUGUUCGACACGAACGAUGGAGACAACACCCACGCCAGCCGUAAGAAAAGAGCAGCUCCGAGGGACACAAGUUUCAAUGGCUGUUCACGGAGGAAUUCCAAGACCAUCUCCACAGCCUCAAGUCUCAUCAGUUCACUGCACACAUCAGCAGAUGAUUAUUCCUAA